AAGUUUGCAGAAACGAAAGCAGCAGCCCAAUUGGGAGCUCCACUCCACCCCACCCAACUCGCCGCCACCUCUCAUGGCGACUGCUGCGACCACCACCAGGAGGCCGAGCGGCCCCGUCCUCUCGGCCGCGCACUACCGCUACGCCUCGCCCACGCGCGUCUCGCUCUCCGGCGCCGGGCAGUCCGUCAGCGUCAGCGUCUCGUCGUCGUCGCGGGGCCGACGGACCUGCAUGUGCUCGCCGACCAGCCACCCGGGCUCGUUCCGCUGCAGCCUGCACAAGGAGCGCGCGACGAAGCCGCCGCCGCCGCCCCUGACCACCACCAGCCGUCUGUGCGCGGCGGGCAGGCGGAUGGGCAGCGCGCUGGUGCGGAUCGGCGCCGUGGAGGGCGGCCAGUGCGCGCGCCGCGCGCUCGCGGCCACCACGGCGCAGCACCGCCGCCGCGUCGGCGCCGGCGCCGGCCGGCCCCGCCCUAGCCGCCUCUCCGCCGUCUCCGUGGCCGGCGACCGCCCCGGCGACAACGGCCACCUAUAGACCCGCCGCCGACUUGCCACCGUACCGUGUAGAGCUAGCCUAGCGGCACUAGUAGUAACAGUAUAGUACUAGCAUCGUAGUAAUAAUAAUAAAAAAAUUUGGACCGGCGGUUAACUAGAACAAGACCAGAGCAGAGCCGGGAGGUUGGAGCGCUGGAUCAGGACUAGUUUUGGGAGCCUGGUCCAUGGAUCAUCACCAUCAUCCAGGGAAAAAGGCUCUCUCUUUCUCUUGUACGUGUACUGUGUACAUAGAAUUGCAGAUGAUGGGAUGCAUGCGAGUGUCCAGUUUGGAUUUCUUGGA